UCAGCCAAGAUGGGGAAUUUUGCAUCCCUGUUUAAAAACCUCUUCGGUAAGAAAGAGAUGAGAAUCCUGAUGGUAGGACUGGACGCUGCUGGAAAAACCACCAUCCUCUACAAACUCAAACUGGGAGAGAUUGUUACAACCAUCCCUACCAUCGGUUUUAAUGUUGAGACGGUAGAAUACAAGAACAUCAGUUUUACAGUGUGGGAUGUGGGCGGUCAGGACAAGAUCAGGCCACUAUGGAGGCACUACUUCCAGAACACACAAGGUCUGAUUUUUGUAGUGGACAGUAAUGACAGGGAGAGAAUUAAUGAGGCAAGGGAAGAGCUGGCACGCAUGCUGAACGAGGAUGAGCUGAGGGAUGCGGUGCUGCUUGUAUUUGCCAACAAACAGGACCUGCCCAACGCCAUGAACGCAGCUGAGAUCACAGACAAGCUGGGCCUCCACAGCCUGCGCCACCGCAACUGGUACAUUCAGGCCACGUGUGCCACUAGUGGAGACGGUCUCUAUGAAGGCCUGGACUGGCUUUCAAACCAGCUAAAGAACGCAAAAUGAUCCGUCACUUCACCAUCUCUAUCAUCUCUGUCUUUCGUCUACGCAGUGUGACGGGCAGCUGCACUGGUCCUAGCCUCCCUCUCUCCUCUCCUCUCCUCCUCACUCCAUUCUCUGAACCAUCGGGGCUUUGGCCAGUGCUCCCCUGCAUCUGUGUAUGUGAGCGUGAGUGAGUGUUUGGAUGGAUCCUGAUGCGUGUGUGUAUGUGAGUUCGGUGCAUGUGUGAGCUGGGAGUGGGAGCAGCCCUGCUGUGCCUUGAACACGGUAAACUCUUACUUGUGGAAAUGGCAGCACAGCUAACUCUCAAGCACCUGUCCCCCCCCUCCCCUCCCCAUUCCUCCUCACCUGCCCUGAGCUCAGCAUGUCCUAAGACACUGAUUUCCACAAAGUAAAAGGCCCUGGAUGGUGAAGCCUGUGUCAUCUGUAAAGAAUAAGGUUUGAAGAGGAAAAAAAAAAAGAGUAAAGAUGUCCUAAUUUUGUUUGAGAGCCCACACCAUGCAAGGGGAUAUAUCACAAUGUAACCUGUAUCAGGUUUGGGAUAGUAAAACAAAACACCUUCCACCCUCUAGCUCCUUCUUCACAUUCUUUUGAAAACCAUCAUAAGUUUUGUCCAAUUUGAGUUCUGGCUGCUGUAUUGAACACUAGAUACCUUAUUGAAUAUCUGUAAAACAACCACCAUUUAAGCACAAGAUUAAGAGGGAUGUUAGCAGUUAUAUUUUUCAGAAUUUGUGUUUGAAUUUGGAGGGCUAUAAGUCUUGUUAACUAUUUCAUAUAUAUACAUAUAUAUAGCUGUAUUCAGCUAAUGCUGACCCUGCAGAAUCAUUGCUACCACUUUGAAUUAUUUCCUCAGCUCAGUUCUAAAGUUCAAUUCAGUCCCACCUCCGAGAACCAUCACUCUUGUGGCACUGAGCUUUUACAACUUGAUAAAGCUAUUUUCAUGUUGCCUUGUGGUUUUUGCAUGCAAAGGUUGAAAGAUCCUUCUUGACUGGGCAUGGAAAAGGCAAUAAAUGUCUAAGUGUACGUAUAUGUGUGUAUGUUUAUAUAUCAGUGUGUGGGUGUGCAUGGCAGGUGGGGUGGAGGUGUUGUGUUGUGAGUGCAGCUAAUGCUCUGUUUCGUGGAGUCGUGUAUCCUCGGGGUGACGAGUGGGUUUGGUGGUUUCAGCUGCAUUCCAGUCCAUUGGAACAGCAAGGCCUUCUGAGAGUUGCUCCCACUCUGGCUUUUUAGUUUGGUUUAUUUUCUCGUCCGGUUAGUUAGUUAGUUAGUUAGUUUUUUGUUUGUUUGUUUGUUUUUCUUUUUUUUUUUUUUUCCCUGAUGCACAGAUGACCUGGUUCACUGGCCUUAGCGUGAGCCAGGCGUGCAGUCUUUCAGUAAAAUGCUCUCAAGGGACCAUUCAGUUUGAUCCAGAAAGGGCUGGUAGUGUUUUGGUUCAGCUUUGGACUCUCCUGCAGAGCAUGAGGUUGCCUCCUACGGUUUCCAAGUGUGCUCACCAAGGUGCACACGCUCUUAACCAAUUUGUGUCAGAGCUGUGUUACAUAGUUGUCAGUAUAUAAAAUCAGCAAUGUUGAUGCAACAUUAGUUCUGGGCUUCAGAGUUUUUGCCCCAACAUGUAGUCACUGCUGCUUCUGGUAUUAUUUUACAUCAUGCUCCUCUGAUGCCAUUUGCACAACCUGAUCAGCUUGCACAAUAAAUUACCUUUACAAGACAUCAGUGGUUUAUCCAUUACCCUCUGAUAAAGCAAUCAACUCACUGACAACCAUCUCCAAACAUCAUUGCUAUACACCAGCAGACAGUUUUAAUGUGCAAGUAAGGAUGAGGUACUCUCAUACUUGAUCCGGUGACAGCAAGAGAAUGGUUUUCCAUGCAUCCAUUUAACCCAAAGGUUCCUGCGAAUGUUGAGUCCCCAUUCAUGGACUGUGUACAGCCUCUGCUGAGUGAAGAUGACAUAAAGAUCAUGAUCCCCACACUGACCUCUCAAGGGAAGGACUGUUUCCUUUCCCUUUUGUUUUGUACAAGUGAACAGCAAGCAGCAUUUUUCUUUUUGAAAUACUCCAGUCUUGGGCUUUGGGCUUUUUUUUUUUUUUUUUUUUUUUUUUUUGUCCUGACAGUAGGAGUUACGCUAAAAACAAAUCUGAAUUAAAUGAGCAACAUAAUCUAUGGUAUAUGGCAAGAAGUUAAAGUGUAUAUGAACUUCUGUACGAAAGUGUAUUUUAACUUGAUAAAGUCAUUUGGCUACCCUUGUUCAGAUGUGAAGCUUUAAUUUUCAACGUUUCUGUACAAAUGACAAGGUGUGUGCACAUGUAUUUCUUCUUUUUUUUUUUCUUAAUUUCCUUUUGGUUUUAGCUUUUUUAAACUCAUCUUGUAACAUCUGAUAAAUGCACUAUAAUAAAGAGAGCUCUAUUACAAA